AUGACAACCUUCCUGUGUGGUUUGACAACCUUCCUGUAUGGUAUGGAAAUCUUCCUGUAUGGUAUGACAACCUUCCUGUACGGUAUGACUACCCUGCUGUAUGGUAUGACCACCUUCCUGUAUGGUAUGACUACCCUGCUGUAUGGUAUGACCACCUUCCUGUAUGGUAUGACUACCCUGCUGUAUGGUAUGACAACCUUCCUGUAUGGUAUGACUACCCUGCUGUAUGGUAUGACCACCUUCCUGUAUGGUAUGACUACCCUGCUGUAUGGUAUGACAACCUUCCUGUACGGUAUGACUACCCUGCUGUAUGGUAUGACCACCUUCCUGUACGGUAUGACUACCCUGCUGUAUGGUAUGACAACCUUCCUGUAUGGUAUGACUACCCUGCUGUAUGGUAUGACCACCUUCCUGUAUGGUAUGACAACCUUGCUGUAUGGUAUGACAACCUUCCUGUAUGGUAUGACAACCCUGCUGUAUGGUAUGACAACCUUCCUGUAUGGUAUGACAACCUUGCUGUAUGGUAUGACAACCUUCCUGUAUGGUAUGACAACCUUCCUGUACGGUAUGACAACCCUCCUGUAUGGUAUGACUACCCUGCUGUAUGGUAUGACCACCUUCAUCUAUGGUAUGACUACCCUGCUGUAUGGUAUGACAACCUUCCUGUAUGGUAUGACAACCUUCCUGUAUGGUAUGACAACCUUCCUGUUAGGUAUGACAACCUUCCUGUACGGUAUGACUACCUUCCCGUAUGGUAUGACAACCCUCCUGUAUGGUAUGACAACCUUUCCUUAUGGUGUGACCGCCUUCCUGUAUGGUAUGACAACCUUGCUGUAUGGUAUGACAACCUUGCUGUAUGGUAUGACAACCUUUCCUUAUGGUGUGACCUCCUUCCUGUGUGGUAUGACAACCUUCCUGUAUGGUAUGACAACCCUCCUGUAUGGUAUGACAACCUUCCUGUACGGUAUGACAACCUUCCUGUUUGGUAUGACAACCUUCCUGUACGGUAUGACUACCUUCCCGUAUGGUAUGACAACCCUCCUGUAUGGUAUGACAACCUUUCCUUAUGGUAUGACCACCUUCCUGUAA